GUUGAAUCUCGUUAACAGCAUAAAAGCAAAUAGCAGACAACCGCGACUGUUACUCUCGACACGUUUCCUCGUCCUGCUCCUCCUUGGAAGGACUUUAACUGGGACUUGACAAACCAGCUGCGCCGCUAUAAGAGAAGAUGUCCCUCUCUGGCUGGGUGUGUGUAGUUACAGGUGCCUCCAGGGGUAUUGGCAGAGGAAUAGCUCUCCAGCUGUCUGAGGCGGGAGCUACCGUCUACAUCACGGGACGCCAGGAGAAGACUCUGAAGGAAACUGCUGCACAGGUGAACGAGAGAGGUGGGAGGUGUCUGCCCGCUGUCUGUGAUUCUACGAAAUGUGAAGACAUCGAGCAGCUGUUUGACCGGGUCAAACGUGAGCAGAAUGGCAGACUGGAUAUGCUGGUUAAUAAUGCCUACGCAGGAGUACAGGAUAUCUUUGAUAACAUGGGGAAGAAGUUCUGGGAAACUGAUCCAUCUAUCUGGGAUUCCAUCAACAACGCAGGACUCAGGGGUCACUAUUUUUUCUCAGUUUAUGCGGCCCGGUUGAUGGUUGCUCAAGGUCGAGGUUUGAUAGUGACCAUUUCAUCUUUUGGAGGAAUGCGGUACCUCUUCAACGUGCCAUAUGGUGUUGGUAAAGCCGCAUGUGACAGGCUGGCAGCAGACACGGCUGUCGAGCUAAAAAGCAGAGGAGUGGCUUCUGUCAGCCUGUGGCCAGGAGCGGUACAAACCGAGCUAAUAACUCAGAUGGUACUGGAGAAAGAGACACCACAGGGUAUAAAUCCGAAGUUUAAAGAAGUCUUUGCCGACGGAGAAACCACAGAGCUGAGCGGGAAGUGCAUUGUCAACCUGGCAAAAGAUAAAAAUCUGAUGUCACUGACUGGGAAAAUACUCAUGACUUGUGAUCUGGCAAGGCGCUAUGGAAUAAAGGACGUUGACGGCCGGAGUGUGGCUGACUACACAUCCAUAAAAUACCUCCUGAGCCAGGCGCCGUAUCUCUCCUGGCUCUCGGUUGUUGUCCCCUCUUUCAUUCGCCUGCCACGCUUUGUGCUCACUCUGGCAAAUAGCCGGUUCUAAAGGUUCCCUGCGUCAGUCCUCACAUGGCAGGGUAAUUCAUUUCAGUGGUUUAACCAUCACGAAUGGCUAAAGCGUGACAAGAGGAUUUGGACCCAACAUUAUUUUUGAAGGAGUAUUUAUCCAGUGCGUAUACUCAUACACAUUCCAGCUACAGAGCUUAACUCUUUUGAUUCAGUGAAGUUUGAAGUAAACAAGGUAUGCAUGAAGGAUGUCCUCACAUACUGUCUGUAUUUAACAUGAACACUAAAGCCAGCUGUAGGUGAAGCAACACAAUGUGAAAAACUGCAAUUUCUUGUUAUAACUACAUUCAGUGUCAUUUUGCUAAUUACUGCACAGAUAACAAAGGAAUUUAAAACAGAUGAAGAAGCAUUUUGCACUUAUUUUUGCAUUCGUGAAAUUUGUAUUAAAUCUGUAUACUCACACACCACUACUGCUAACACAUGGUUAAAUAAAACAAUGCAAACCUGA